AUGGCUCCGCUGCGCCGCCUCUGCCUCUGUCUCUGCCUCCCGCUGCUGCUGCCGCCGCCCGCGGCUCCGGCCCCGACCCCGGCCCCGGCGUCCCGCACAGACUGGGCCGCCUGCAAGAUCCUCUCCCGGGACCUGUCGCGGCUGCUGGCGACCGUCAAAGAACCGCACCCGGAGGAGAUGCAGCUGAGCGAGGAGGACCCCCAGAAUGGCCCCCCCCGGAUCCUCUGCAGUGACGCCUGUGACCCCCCCACACUGGACACCAACAACACGCGCUGCCUGCACCGGAUCCUCCAGGCACUCCAGCACUACCGGGACCUGCUGGGCUCUGACAUCUUCAGGGAGCAGCCCCAGCCCCAGCUGGAGACCACGAUGGACCAGCUGCUGGGCCUCGUCCAGCAGGAGCACGGCCACCCCCCCCGGCACCCCAUGGACCCCAGCAACAACUGGUCUCACGGGCUGCUCCGGCACCUGGCCCUGAACCGGCUCCGCUCCUUCGCCGCCGUCAUGAGCCGCGUCUUCACCCACAGCGCCAGUGCCCGCUGA